AUGGAGUUCCUGGAGCAGGGCCAUUUAAUCUCAGACCUGCAGCACGGCUUUCGACGGAACCGCUCGUGUCUUUCCAGUUUAUUGCUCUCGACGGAGCAGUGGACUCGCGCACUGGAUGAGGAUGGGAGGGUUGAUGUCAUAUACACAGACUUUAAGAAGGCGUUCGACAGCGUCCCACAAAAACGCCUAAUCUACAAACUUUCUGAAAUUGGGAUAAGUGGAACGCUGCUGACAUGGAUAACAGAUUUUCUUACCGGGAGAUCGCAAAGCGUGUGCAUUGAGGCCUCAAGGUCAACUCCUACUCCCGUUCUAAGUGGUGUACCCCAGGGCUCCGUCUUAGGGCCGUUGCUAUUCCUGGUUUACAUUAACGACUGCGUCGACGACCUGGGAUGCAGCGCCAUCAUGUUUGCUGACGAUGUUAAGCUGUGGAGACCCAUCAGAUCUGAUGCAGAUAGGUACGCGCUUCAAGACAGUCUCAACCGCCUAAACAGUUGGUCAGCUCGCUGGCUCCUCAAUUUUAAUGUGGACAAAUGUGUGGUCCUGAGACUCCGCACCAGACAGACCAGUAAGGAGGACGAUUCCUUUCAACAUGUCCUUGGUGGUCAGUCCCUUUCAAAUGUUGUGGAACAGAAAGACCUGGGCGUCCCAAUGACCUCCUCGCUGAAACCAUCUUCACAGUGUCAAAGGACAGCCAAAAGUGCGAUAAGGGUGUUAUUUGCGCUGAGGCGAGGAUUUGUGUAGAUCGACAAGGAGCUGUUCGGAAAAACCUUUGGGGCAUUCGUCCGGUCUCACUUAGAGUAGGCAGUUUAGGCCUGGCGACCGUGGUUAAAGAAAGAUUAUCAACGACUGGAAAGAGUACAGGCGAUGGCUACGAAGAUGGUCAAGAAUCUUCAUCAUUUGCCUUACGAAACCAGGCUGACCGAACUAUAUCUGUUUCCUCUUAAUUACAGGCAACUGCGCGGCGAUCUCAUUCAAACCUACAGGAUUGUCAGAAGCUGUGAGUGUGCCCUAGAUUUUGAUGAAUUCUUUGAAUUGGCCCGGACUGACCGUCUGCGUGGUCAUCCGUUCAAACUGCAAAGGAAGCGGGCUCAUUCGGACGUCCGACGGAACGCCUUCUCACACAGGGUCAUCGGGGCAUGGAAUGGACUCCCUGAUGCCGUCGUUCUUUCCGAAAGUGUCAAAUCCUUUAAGUGCAGACUAGACGCUCACUUGUUGAGAACCUACUGUACAUACAAUCAUGAUUGUUUUAGCGGCGGCAGUUUGCGCCUUGCUCACACUUACCGCUAAUUUCUUAACUUUUCGCAUUUGCUGAUGUAAUUGAUGACUUUAUUUCUGUUUAUCGAUAUGAAUAAGGUGCUCAAGGGCGAAAGCCAUAUUCCCUUAAUAAACUGACUUAAACUGACUAUAUCCCAGAUCUGUAGAGCAAUUUUUUCCAUGGGAUCGGAGGCCAAUGCUUUCAGAGAAUUCAACUUAAAUUUAACUACCACUCGGUAUUUUCUACCGGAAAUCCCCCGAAUUGGUCUGAUUGUCUCCUGAUGGGAAGGCGGAUGUUGAUCAGCACUACCUCUAACUCGGGGAUGUAUGUUGAUGGCUUCCUGGAUGGUGAAGAACUCAUAAAGUUCCCAGCCAUACUCUACGGCAUGGGCGUAGCUUGUCAAAUACACGUCAGGAGAGUUAGAUGAGUUGACAGUUAUUGAAUCAGACCCAACUGAUUCAAUAAAUUUUAUAGGAUUGCUUGAAAUUUUUUAUUCGGAGUUCAAAUUAAUUGUACUCGGUUUCUUAUCGGAGUUUGCUUAUCAGAUGCGCAUGAUGUCCUCAGACAAUCGGGUUAUCAGUAAACGUUUCUGUCAGUGUUAAAUUAUUUUAAAAGCAUGGUACUCACCUUACAAGCUGUCGCGCCGUAUCAUCUACGUACUCCAGCCAACUUUUUUGUCUUCCGUGCUUUCCGUACUGGCAUUUAAGCGCAGACUUAAUACUCAUUUGCAGAGAAACUACUGUAAAUAUAAUUAAGACUAUUAGUAGCGGCAGUUCGCGCCUAGUUCACACAUACUGAUGCCUUAACGUUUUCCAGAAUUAUUGUUAGAAGAAAUGGCUACAUUGUUUUCUUCGGAUAUAAGUGGGGAGUUAAGUGACGAAAGUAUUAUGCUGCGAAUAGUCUGAUUGCAGUGGUUUAAUCAGAGUUUCCGACGCUAAUUUGUCCCUACAAUAUGAUAAGCUGAACUUCCUGGCUAGACUUUAAUGGUCUUGAGAACCUCUUAAGAAAGAUGCCGGAAACUUCAGGGAUUUACAUUUGCGCAUUAUAACAUCUGAAUUAAGCACACGGACUUUUGGUGAGACCAACCACCCGUAACCCAUAUUUGUUCAGUAAACGGCAGCUUUAUUUUUUUGCUCUUAAUGGACAAAAAUUUCAAAAUGAAAACCAUCUUUUAUUGUUCAAGACUAUAUUUUUCUUGAAUUUUAGGAGACCGGGACGAGGCCAAAAUUUCGAGCUGUGUUUUUCUGCACAAAUAUAAAUUAUAACAACCUCAAAGUCCGUGGAGCGCAUCUCAGACGUAGUAUUUUUGUUUACAUCUAUUUGCGCGCUUGUUUGGCAUUCAUGACCUAAGAUAUGUAUACCCGAGUAACGGGUCCAAAUUUCACCCACUGCCUAAAAAAAGAGGUCAUUUCUGUUGGUCGCCGGAGUCAUAUGUCAAAUGAUAUCUGUCUGGGCGAUGUGGCGUGCAUCUCGCGGAAACAUUUAGAACUUCACACUAAAAACGGAAACUUAUUUGUCAAGUGCCUGGGAAAAAAUGGAAUAUUUAUUGAUGAAGUUUUCCAGAUGUAUACCGAUGAAUUAGUCCCUUUGCCAAGUUGGUAUGUUUUAUAUGAUUUCAUGAUCUCCUUGUAGUUGUCGUCUUCGUUUUCCUAG